GUCCCCUGGGGCACAGCAGACUCCGGGAGGCACUGGCCAGCCAUGGUGGUGCCUGACCUGCCCUGUUCUUCCUGAGUCUUCCAGAAGAGGUCUCACAAGAUCUCUCUCUGCCUUCGCUCCUCUGACUGAAUUUCCCACUCCCAGGGUCUCCUGUCCUGUAGACCGAAAUCCCCAAGGAGUUGGGACCUUCCACGCCUUGGAGACAAUGAAGACUCAGGCUGGCUGCUGGCUGAAAGUAAAAAAGAAGUGGCUCUUCCCGGCCUCCUGCAGCUUCUUCUUCCUGCUCUCUGUGUUCAUGACUGGCUGCUUCCUCUGGCAGUAUCACCUCCCCAAACUGAAGACGGGUUCCUUGGGAUCAGAAGUGACUGCUGCCCCUGUGAGGAUGUGUCCCCAGCAUCCCGAACCUGUGCCCCUGGCACACCCCCUCCCCGUGUUGAAGGAAGCCCUGGAAAAGGUGGACAGGAUCCUGGGUCAGGCACUGUCUGCCCCGGGGCUGGCUGCCAUGUCUGCAGUUGUCAUCCACAGUGACACCGUGCUCUGGACUGGGAACUUCGGGAAGAAGAAUGGCUCAGACCCAGCUUCUGGGCCCCCCAAUGAGUACACCAUGUACCGGAUCUCCAGCAUCUCCAAGAUCUUUCCAGUCCUCAUGCUGUACCGCCUGUGGGAGGAGGGCAUCGUGGCCUCUCUGGAUGACCCUCUGGAACGGUAUGCCAGCAGCUUCACCAUUAACAACCCUCUGGGCCUGGCAUCAGCCCCUCCACAGCAGAGCCUGAUGGAUGGGCUGGAGGAGGUGGGCUCAGCCCCGAGGCCUUCGCCCGUCACCCUCCGAAGGAUGGCCAGCCAGCUCUCGGGGCUGCCCAGAAGGCUCCGCUCCACGUCCCUGCUGUGGAGGGGCAGCACCCAGGAGGCCUUGAGCCUGCUCAAGGAUGAUGUGCUGGUGGCAGACCCAGGAACCAGGUGUCAUUACAGCACUCUGGCCUUCUCGCUUCUGGCCCAUGUCCUGGCAGGCCACACGGCCCAGGGUGACUACCAGCGCUGGAUCUCGGAGAACGUGCUGGAGCCUCUGGGGAUGGCGGACACCGGCUUCGACUUCACCCCUCUUGUGCGUACCCGGUUGGCGGCGGGCUUCUACGGUAGCGGCAGGCUGGCGCCGCUCUAUGACCUGGGCUGGUACCGCCCAUCAGGCCAGAUGUACUCCACCCCGGCCGACCUGGCCAAGCUGGCCAUGGUGCUUCUAGGGAGCGGGCCACAGCGGCUCCUUCAGCCCGACGCGGCCAAGACACUGCUGGCGCCGCUGCUGGCCUGCUCUGGCGCCUACUUCGCCAACGAGACGGGCACACCUUGGGAAUUCCACGCGCAAAGGGGCUACCGCGUGGUGCGCAAGGACGGCGACCUGGACGGCUACGCCGCCACCUUCUCCCUGGUGCCGCCGCUGCGCCUGGGCCUCGUGCUGCUGCUGGCCGGGCCGCGGCCGCCCGGGCCCGACCUGGUGGCGCAGGCUUACGACGUGCUCCUGCCGGCCCUGGAGAGGGCCCUGCGGGAGGCUGCGCAGCGCCCGGCCCCGCCGCCCAGCGCGCGCCCCUUCGCCGGCUAUUUCACCUUCGCCAACCUGACCUUCUACGAGGUGCGCGCCGGGCCGGCGGGCGAGCUGCGCCUGCGCCAGUUCGGGCCUCGCGUGGAGGCGCUGGUGCCCCCCGCGUUCCGCACGCUGGCGCUGCACCACCUGCGGGGCCGCGUGUUCCAGCUGCACGUGGCCCGCGAGUUCCCGUGCGCGCUGCCGCUCGGCGACGCCUGGCUCUCCCUGGAGGCUCAGCACGGGCAGCUCGUCAACUUUUACCCCUUGGAUCGUCACGGGCUGUCCCCAGGCUUCGAUGUGCCGGGCCUCAACACGUACCGUGUGUUGCGGCUGCCGAGCAAGCCCGUAUUCAAGAACCAGGGACCCUCGGCUCUGUCCAGAGCCUUCCGGUCCUCGCCUCCCAGCUUUCCAACUUAG